UUGUCCCCGAUCCAAUCGGGGGAUCGAAUUGAUUAUAAAAACAUGAGUUUACUUUAUCGAUUUAUUAGUCGCCAAGGAAAAAUAUUAUCUAGACGCGUGAAUAGAUCAACCUUAAAACAACAACGAUUAAUUACGAUUGCUAUAAAACAAGCUCGUAUUUUAUCUUUGUUACCUUUUGUUAGUUUUAAUUCGUUAACGUUACCUAAUGGAAAAAAAAAAUAUGAAAAAAAAAAAUAUGAAAAAAAAAAAUAUGAAAAAAGCGAGUCGAUCGCUAGAACUCCUACUACUGUUCUAAAAAAUCGAAAAAAAAUAAAUAAAUAG